AUGCCGGUUCGCGACUGGGUUCAUUUCUGUUCUGUCUUUGACGAUGCUGUGUGUGUUGCUGAUCGGAUCGACACCGCGGCAGGAGAAGCAGUGGACAAGCCGGACACCGCUGCUGGUGGCCCUGGGCAGUGGAGGAGCGGGGUUUGGCACUGGCGGAACGGAUGGGAAGUACACUACGAGCGCGCAACCAGCAGGCGGCCGGCGGCCGGGGAACGGGAAGGGGAAGGUGGGGGGCAACGCCGACGGGAGGGUUCAACGACACCUCUUCUCCUGCUCCCAGGCUUCGGCGUGGGGACUUUUCACUUCAGGAGGAACAUGCAAGAGCUGUCCGAGACGCGCGACGUGUACUCGAUUGACCUUCUCGGGCAGGGGAAGAGCUGGCCCACCCGUGUCCCAUCUCGUGAGGACGGCCUGUGCUACAGCGUCGACAUGUGGACAGAGCAGGUCCUUGCUUUCAUCAACGAAGUAAUUGGAGAGCCGGCCUACGUCGCCGGGAACUCCCUGGGAGGAUACAUCGCCGCCAACCUCGCCGCGAACUACCCCCGCGCCGUGCUAGGACUGGCGCUCAUGAAUGCCACACCUUUUUGGGCGUUUCGAAAGCCUAGCGCCAACGCCGCCUUAAAUGGAGGGGACGUUACGGAUCCCUACCCCUCCACGGAUCUUUCCGCGACCAGAGAUAUUUCGACUGGAUCCGCUACGAGUACGGGGAUCCCCACGGAUUCUGAGAUUGUUCCGGGAAGCCCCGCGACAAAGGGAGAGUCCCCGGUAGAGGGAAGGGGGGAUUGGCUAGGCUGGGAUGGGACUUUGCCCGCCCCGGCGGGUUUGUUCCGCUUCGGGGCGUGGUACUUCGACCGCAUGAGGGACCCUCGGACCGUAAAGAGCAUGCUAGGCGCCGUCUACAGCAACCCGGAGGCCAUCGGAGAUGAGGUGGUGUCGGAGAUCAUCGCAGCAACAGGGCGAGGCCCGAGCAACCAUGAUUACGGCGUGGGCGGGCACGAGGCGUUUACGAGCAUCGUGUUUUCGCCGAAGGUUUCAAUGAGCUUCGAGGAAAUGAUCGACCGCAUUCAGGUGCCCAUGGCUCUUAUCUACGGCAAGGAGGACCCUUGGGUGGUACCUCUGUGGGGACACCGAAUUAAACGACAGCGGCCAGAGACCCUCUACUACGAGGUUUCCCCUUCCGGCCACAGCCCUCACCACGAGACGCCGAAGACGGUGAACGCUCUAUUGGACGACUGGUUGGAAUACGCCAGCGCGGGAGGAUCCCCCCCUCUAUCGCGGGACGGGGAGGUUCUGGAGAUGCAGGAAGAGACCGGGACGCGGGUGCGGGCGACCCUUGUGCCAGACGCGAGACCGAGGGGGCCGGUGGAAUGGCUGGACACCGCUGUGUGGAGUUUCACCGGAGGGGGCGACGCUAAGGCGAAGCGGCCGUGA